GUAGUAGCCAACUAGGUUGUCUGGACCCUGAGAGCAACUUCUGGGUUCAAAAUACUCAUCUAACGGAAAAUAUACCGUUUGUUUACUGAUGUAUUACUAUAUAUUACAUAUGUUUUAAUAUCCUCCUUACUACGAGGCACGGAAGGGAAGCCUGUCCUCCAAAUCUGAGGAAAAAAACAGUCCUGUUACUUUGGAAGCAGCUGUUUUUUCGCCAGUUAGCCACUGGCUGGCUAGUCAUUUGGCUAAUAUUUGGUGCUGACGGAACGAGCUAAUAGGGAUUUUAUCUGCUGUGGAUCCCGUCAGCAUGCGGAUAGUGGCAGAUGAUGGAGGGAUCCUACUUUAGAAUGAAUGUGAGAGAGCUCUGCGAAACGGAUGACUUGGCCACGGGGCUGGUCCUGGACCCUUUGCUGGGGUUCAGCACCCACAAGAUGAACAUCAGCCAGCUUCCAGAGAUCAGGCGCUGGGGUUAUCUGAAGGAGACGCUGCUGAGGUUCACGCGGACGCAGGACUUCCCCUCCACCUUCGAUGCCCUGCUGGUGGGGGACUGGGCCAGCGGCUACUUCAGCGGCCAGGGUCCCCACCGGCUGGAGCUCUUCAGGAACCACGUCUACCGGUACCUGAAGGCCUUCCUGCUGGACAGUGGAGUUCAGAUUGAGUCCUGCAACCGCUACUCUGCUGAAACCAAUGGGGCCAAGAUCACCGCUACCCGACAAUGGUCUGUGGGGGAGCGCAUGGAGGUGCUGCAGGGCUGCAUCGCGGAGCUGAACUCGUCGGAGAGCGCGCUGCUGAGAACCGGCGUCAACGACUUCAGCGUCAUGUACUCCACUCGCAAGCGCUGCGCUCAGCUGUGGCUGGGGCCUGCCGCCUUCAUCAAUCACGACUGUCGACCAAAUUGUAAGUUCGUCCCUGGUGAGAAGAAUGGGGCAUGUGUGAAGGUGAUCCGACCCAUCUGUCCAGGGGAGGAGGUAACCUGUUACUACGGCGAUGGCUUUUUUGGCGAGAACAACGAGAUGUGUGAAUGCUGCACGUGUGAAAGGCGAGGAGAAGGAGCGUUCAGGCACAAAGAAGCAGCAUCGCAAGAACCUGAUGACCCCAAUGAUCCUGCAGGGCAAAAAUACAAAUUCAGAGAGACUGAUCUGCGUCUCAGUCGAGAGAAGGGCAGCAGCACUCCUAAACCUAUUCCAGCCACAACUAGUACAGCACUCCCCUUGAGGAAUUCUCUGUCCCAGAGGAUGAAGAGGGAUGGCGCAGCGCUAAACAGGAGGCUGACAAAGACCAACAGAUGGAGGAGGGCGGAGCAAUGCCGGCAAGAUCGUAAAGGAGCCUCCCUGAACGAUCACAACCUGUUGCUGCACACCGCCUCUCGCAUCAAGCUGAAGGACCUCCGGAUACACCUGUACCAGCAUACCGUCGAGUUCCUGCUAAGUUGUCGGAACGCCAGCGGCAAAAGCCGGACCCUGUUGGACCAGAUCGAAAGGAUUAGACCACCUCAUCAGGAAGGCGAGAAGGAGAAUCUCUCACUUCCCCCAGGGACCAGACAGACGGAGAUGGCUGAAAACGGAGAGGGCGACACAGCAGAGAGUGGCGAUCCACAGACUGCAGUUCUGGUGGACACAUCAAGCCAGGAGCAGCACACUUUAGAGUGCACGUCUGAACUUCGUACUGAAAACCAAGAGCAGCAGACGGCAGAAUUGGAUGCAACUGUCAAGUCAAACACGGGCAUCGGGUGCCAUUCUGCCACCACCAAGAAGAUGAUCAGGAGAAAACCCCACAAGAAACUGAAAGGGUUUUCUUUGAGGCCGAACCCACCAACUUUGUCAGUGGAAAAUGAGCCGUCUGAGGCAUCAGAAGUUCAUGAACAUUGUGAAGUUCCUUAUACCGACAUGGCAUUACCAAACAUGAUGAGUGCUGAGCCUAUUCUUGACAAAGAAACCUCUCUAGUUUGCAAGCAAAACCCCAGCAGUGAAUGGUCUGAGCAUCCCCUUAGGAACGCCAAGGAGCAAGAGCAUAGCAACAGCCAUAGCAGUCUACCUCAACCUGCCAGCCCUGAUGGCUUGCAUUCUCAGCCCUCUCCCUGCCACCUGACGCAGAAAGCAGGCCUGAAAUACUACCCCACCGUCUCCCUGGUUAGGAUGGCGACUCCUGGUGAGAGAGAGAGAGCAGGCAAGGGCAGUCAGACAGGGAAACCAGACGAGAGGUUGGCAGUGUCUUCUGACGGCGCACAAAGCACAGGUGGCAGAGGUGUCAGCGUAGCUGAAGGUAAGAAAGGAGUGCGAGAGCUGUACUUUUCUCCAGUUAAGGUAGGUGGUGUAGAUCAGGCUCUGAAAGUAAUGUUUAAUUUGGCUGAUGGUGUUGAGAAAAACAUGACUACUGUCAUGCCCCCAUCUGUCCCCAAGGAGCAGAUUGCAGUUACAGAUAAAACGUUACAAAUUGAAGCAAAUAAGCCACAUUCUAGCAGUAACAUUGCAGCUGAUGCAGUAAGACUAGUCAACACGCAGCUCUGCAAGAAACCUGCGAUAUUAAAGGGCAACGUUAAAAAGGCAGGUGACAAAGCAAACAUUGAGAACAUCAUAGUCAAUAAAUGUAUUACUGAUGGGAAUCUGGCAGAAGAAACUAUUGCAAAUGCUGCCCCUGAUGUUAAAAAUAAUAAGGAAAGAGGGGAAUUGUCAGGUGUAACAAAUGCAAAGCAAACCGUCGGGAAACCCAACACUGGUUGUGAGUUAGUGACAAAUUUUAAAGUGAACAUUGGCAGUGAAAAACUAAUAAACGUAACUGUAGCAUCAAAUUCUGACAGCAAUGGCAAGAAAAUAGUAGGAUCUAUUACAGAUGCUGAUAAAAGAGGGCAGAUGAACACAGGUCUUCCAACAAACCUGAAGGCAGAUGAGGCCAUUUUCAAUAGAAGUAAUAGUAUGCAGCAAAGAGGGAAGGAGAUUGAAAUACAUGGUAGUGUAGUCACAGAAACAAACACAGACAAAGAUGUUAUUGAAAAGCAAAGAUGCGUUAAAUCAAAGGCAGAUAGGAAACCUGAAGUUUUGAAGACCAACAGAAAUCUUGGAAAUCCGAAGAAAACCGGGACGGAUACUAAGGCUGUAUUGAAAAAUGUGGGGGUUGAUGAAGCCUCUUUAGUGAGACGGAGUGCAGAUAUCACUAAAGAAGACAAAAGUGUCUGUGAAGGAAGGGCUAUGCUUACUGAUGACUGUAAGAAAACGGAUGGAGCAUCCAAACUAGACAUGACUAGUAACGAGCAGAGCACAGAUACAUCUUCAGAAACGCAGAAAACUUCAACUGUUGGCAAAAGUUUUCUAGGCACUGUGAGCACAAAGAAUAGCAGUGGUAAUGUUAGUUUGAAACCCUCAAAGAAGCAAGAAAAGGCAGAUGAGGGAAAGAAAGACAUUAACGCCCAGAAGAAUAUUCCAGAGCAAAAUAAGAUCAGUGCAUUUCCAAACAGUGGGCACAGUGCUGUGGUUAUGAAGGACUUAAGGAUAACCCUAUCCGAUGAUUUCAAGGACCUGAUCAAAGAUCUGGAGAGACAUGCACAGAGGGGAAGAGCAUCGUGCAAAAGUAAAUCUGCUGCUCCCAACCUCAACAAACAAAGCGAAAUUAAGAUUAAACAUCAUAUUCAAAAAUUGAUAGCACUCAGUAAGGAGAAAGGUGGAGCAGGACGAGUUGAAGAUGCUAAAAAGACAACUGAAAAUAAGGUGCACUCCCAAAAUGUCUCGGCUCGAGUUUGUGAUUCAGCCCACAAUACCUCACUGAAAAAACACCCCAUUGAAAUCGCAACAGCAAAACAGACAUCAUGUGAAUCACUCCCUCUGUGUUCAGCGUCUGCUGUAUUGACAAAGGAUCACUCCUCACUUACUCAAAUACAAGCAAAUAUUCCUUUGAAGAAAAGGAUGUUCAGAGAGUCAAAUGAAUUUCAACCAGAAGCGUUUACCACUGCACCUGCGUCACCUAAAGAGCCAUUGAGAGACAGUGCAGACAGAACAGAUGAGCAGCUUAACUCUUUAAUGUCGGAACUGAGGUCCCUGACACCGUUGGCCAACACUGCCAGCUCAAAUGUACAAAAACGGCAACAUUCCCAUGAAGAACACUGCACAAAGGUAGUGGAAACGGAGCUCAAUCAACCAGCGAAGCAAAGCAAAUUGAAAGGUGGAGUUGUAAGAUCCUCAACUGCCUACAAUGCUUUUAGAAACAGGGAUGCAAUUACUGAUGAACAAACAGAAUUGGGAAAAGAAUGUGGAUACAAAAGUGCAGAUUCAGUUGACAAGGGGAUGGAGGAAGGACAAAACAUAGACACUCAGAAAGAGUUGGCAGGCAUAGAGCUGACUCAUGGCUCAACAGUGAAUCCCAGGCAAGUCACAGGGCUAAGUUCAGGCAAACCGGCCGCAAUGCAGAAACAAAUUCCUUCUCCCUGGAAUGAACUUUCUGUCCCUGAAGUUUCUUUUGACAUGGAGGAUCAUAUUAAAGCAGAGCAGGAAAACAAAGUGAGGAUUCGCCUGAAGAGAAAAAAAGGAGAGGAGUGGGAGAUGGAAGAGAACACUGAGUCGGAAGAGCUUCAAACGACACCGUCCGAUGUGCUGUCUGAAUCAUUUCUGGCAGACCCCUUUAAAGCCAUAUUGGAUUCAGUUUCUGUUUUAAAUGUAGAGAUGGCAAAAGGUGUGUGGGGUCCACAGGAGGCUGAGAAGUGCUUUGAGCUAGAGCAAACUGCCAAGGCAGGGCAAGCGGCAUGGGAAAUCUGUGCAAAGAAUGUCCACUCCAAGAUAAAGAAAAAGAGGGAAACCUCUGCUGCUGUGAAAGGCCAUGAAAACCCAGCAGGAAAUGUGUCACAGCAGGAAAUUCUGUCUAAUGACGGACAAGUGCAGCAGGCAGCUAAUAUCAAAUUUGAGACUGUUGAAAAUGAUGCACCGACCCUUGCUCCCAUCCGUCUUUGUAAAAAGAAUGAAGGCUGGUUGAUCAUAGAUGGCAUGGGGAAAGCGAUGACCAAACGCAAAAAGAAGAGAAAGCAUUUAAAGGGGUCCAAGGGUUGUAGGGAAGCAGCCGCCACAGAAUCAUUAUUAAUCAACGAUGUACCCCUUCACAAAGUCAAAGAGGAAUUCCAGCCUCCAUGCAAACAGCACAAGGAGCUGUUCCACAAGCCCUCCAGAGAGGGAAUCUGUCCGAGGUUAGAAAAUGCCCCACUCUCCCUGUCCCUUUCAUCCCUUUCGCUCAACUCACCACCCCGUGAUGACGGAGAAGAGGCCAUCUGCCUCAGUAAUUACCUGCAUGUGAAGGACCUGUUCAGAGAGAAAAGGAUGCCUGAAGUUGUGGGCAAGACGAAGCCCAAAAAAGACCUGGAUUUUAGAGAUGAGUUUGACGCUACACAAAAUGUUUCUCUCAGUCAUAAUCUGUUCCAGAUUAACAAAAGCCUCAGCAAACUCCAAGUAUUGAGUCAGAUGGACACAACUGCAUCAGUUGACAGUAAUGAAAUGGCCGCUUACUCACAAGGGCAACAGAGACCACAGUCUCCAUUAUUUAAUAUUUUCCCAGACAGGUCCCCUGGUUCAGAGUUUGCAGAGUUUGGUAAUGCUGAUGAUUUGAUCGAGUGCCUGAAUCUUGAAGGCUAUUACCCUGAUAACUCUCAAAGCAGUCUUCCCAACACUUUUUCUGAUUUUUGCCAAGCAGAGCCUCAUAAUACGGGAUCUUUCACCAGCCCCUUUUCCCAAAGCCCAGCUGACACCUGGAACCCAGAGACUCCUUAUCUUGGUUCUCCAAGUCCCUGUGGUAGUUUCAGUCCUGAGAACGAGUUCGGAUUUCCCGAAAUUCAUGUCACCAAAAACGUUCCUCUCCUUAGUGGAUCAGACUCGUCUUCCAAAGAAAAAAUAUUGAGCAACACAGAAUUCACAUUCUCUCCUAAAGAUGUGGAGGGCGCACAGUUCUCUUUUGACUUCUUCACGAAACCCAUCGCUGCUAAGCGGUUAGAAAAACCUGCCCAUGUCACAGAAUCACAAAAAAACCUUUGGAACCACAAAGAUGCGUACUUGUUCAGUGCUACAGACCGGCACUCUCAAACCCCUUCUGUCAUAACACAAGCUCAAGCUCUGGACUCUGUCAUCCCAGGCUGCAGUUUUAACCCUCGAACAGAUUUGACCAAAGCUCAGCUAAUGUACUUGGAGAAAUCGCAGGGUCUAGUUCACACUGUGAACUCCAACAGAGGUCAGUCUGUUGUCACAAGCCAAGCAUCUGCCGGAGGCAUGUACAGUUCAGCAGCUUUAAGUCAGCCUCUGAAGCCUUUCCAUUCUCCGCAUCUGGGCAGCAAGUCCAGCAUACAACCCCUUAAGGUAAUGUCUUCUACUGAUGCCUCUCAUCAAGCUUAUGACAAAAAGACCUCACAAUUCCAAAGCUCGAAUCCAGGCAAGAUAGAACGCGGCAAACAGGGUCUCAGCUUUUGCAAAGGCAGCAUGGCUACUGAAAGGACCGAUAGUGGCCCCAAGUUUCCAAACGCUAAACACAGCAGUCCUAAUCCCUGUUCAAAUCAAUUAAGCUUCAACCUUUCAAAUUCGCUAACUGGCAGUCAUCAAAGUGGGGAUUAUAGCCAUACCCUUGGACAGAAGGGCAUACGGACUUGCAACACUGCAAGCACAUCCAGCCCCCAGGUAGACCCAGUACACCCCUUUUACGGUCUGACUUCAACCAAGACCCCUUCCAGUGUAGUGCACAACGUUACCUCAAACAAGCGACAGGAUAUGGGCAGCAAAGGCCUCAGCAAGGGCACAUUCACAGAGAAACCAUUGUCUUCUAACCAAAGCCCACAGUGCCACAGUUUGCCUCUUGGUAAAAGCGUGAUUCAGGGCAAACCCCAUGCCAUGGUGGCCCCCACUCAAAAUCUUAAUCUGUCCUGUGGUGAACCCUCGUUGUCUAGCAAACACCAGCCUGGCUACCCUCACUGUGACCUCGUGGAACUUGCGUUCAACUCAGCGUUCGGCCCAGAUGCUUCUCUGGGCGGCAGUCCCCGUGUCCAAGGUGGCAUUUUGGAGCAGGACACGCAAACAAACAAAUCUCAGACGAGCUCCAUAGGCUGUGGCGGCCCAGCCCACCCUCCUUACGUUGUCAACUUCACCGGCGAUCACUCUGUGACUAUGGGGUACAGUGAGGACGGUGAAGGCUUGAACUAUGCCGGGGCUCCAACUCCAAAUUACACCUACCAUUGCCUCAUGGAUCCAUCCGGAACACAGGGCAGACUGGUUCUAGAACCGUGUGGCCUUCCCUCAAACAGCUACCCCCCACCUUCUCCGAUGGUGGGGGGCUUUACAACAACCAAGGGCCAAGAGGAACAGGCCAGGAAGGAUCCCCAUAACCAAGGCCAGUGUGGCAGCAGGCCCUUUGUUUCCCAUCACUUUUCAACUUCCAGUCAUUCUCUUGGAACCUCAGACCGUAAGCCUAAAAGGCUUAGACUCGUAGUCACUGAUGGUACCGUGGACCUUGACCUCCAUUACACAGACUGAUGCUGGUUCAUCUGGAGGUUAUUUGUAAUGCUUGGGACUACAAUUAUAUUUAUUUAUGUCGAUGUGUGUCUUGAAGAAAAGAAAGGUCAUUUCAAACCACAGUUUGAAACAUGUUCACAUUUUUAUGUUUUUACAAUCUUUUCUAAUGUUUUUUUUUUUUUUUACUUUUUUUUUUGGUAGUGAAAUAAGCUUUUUUGUGUAUCUAAUUACUUAAAUGAAUUAAUUCAACAGUUAAGUCAGGAAGGAAUAUAUUAUUCUCGUCUGUCAUGAUAUAUCACACCGUAAACCGGCUUUGUUACUUACUGGUUGAAUAUCACAAAUAUAAAAUACUGGUUGUGAUGCUUUUAUACCGGAAAUUGAAAAGUACUAUUUAGAACUUUAUAUUUAAUUUCUAUUCUACGUUUGUCCCAGUUUUGCCCAGGCCUUCCAAUAUCCCCAGAAAGCAGCUGUAAUAGCAGUCUCUUGCCACAGGAUGGGGUUGUUUCUUUGUCUUUUCUUUGCAGAUUUUGUACUGCAGUGGAUUUCAAGUUAUUGUGGGGAAAGUUCAUCUAGUAGUAUGUUUGUAUGUGUAUGCAUGUGCAGUUGUGUUCCAUCACUGCAUUCAACACCACUCGAUAAAGACACAGGGGAGAUGUGUUACGUAAUGUGAUUUUUGUUUUUCUUGCCUUUCUAACAAAAUGAAAAUAGCAAUGUAGCUGGGAAUAAAUGCUGACCCACACAGAAAUUGUGUGUAGGUUUGAGAGGCAACUGAAGACCACUGAGGAUUAACAUGUUAAACUGUCACAUUGAACGGCUAAUUAUUUAAAAUCACAACUUAACUCACUCGAUGGUUAUGUAGUUGUUUCUGCACAAAUUUGAAGUUUUCAGCUUUCCUUUAGGGUUGACUGUGUUUAGGCAUGUUGGGAGAUCCACACAUAGAUAUUUGGUGCACAGGUUAAUUGACAAUAAUGUCUGGGUCUACACACCACCAUUGUCCCUGUAAGUUUUUCUGUAUAUUGAUUGCACCUGAAGUAUGUUUGUGACUUAUGUAGUGUGUUGUACAGGGUGUGGACCCUUAUUAGUUUCAACCCUGUUCUAUUUUAAGCUGUAAAACGAUCACCAGUACUAUAAUGAUGGGCACCUUACCCAAUAUCUGUAAUGACAAUGAUUUUGAAUAAUUAAGUAAGAAAACAGAAGUAAUCCCAUACAACUUUUGACAAACCAGUUUGGAUACAGGCUAAAUGAGAUGAAUGUGUUGAUUACAGUGGUUUCAUGCCUUAAGCUUAAUAAUUCAAGAUGUUUUAGGUGCUCUUGCUCUGUUUCAGGAGAAUUGUAUUGUAAAAAGUUAGGAAGCUAAUGGUUGGGGUGUGUAUGUGAGUAAAUAUUGUACAAAAUAGCAGAAUAGUGCAGUGUAGAUAUGUCAUGUGGCCUUGUAUUAUUUAUUUUACAGGUGUGACUUGUUGCGGAAAGAGAAUUCACCUAUUCAGUCUGGACAACUUAGAAUUGGCCUGAUCCAUUGCCAUAGCUUCAAAAGUCCAUUUUAUUUGGCAAAACAACAUUGUUGUGUGUGUAUUUUUGAUGGGUAGGAUGAAGCACAGUAUGAAUUGUAUUUUACUGUAUUAAUGGUCAGAUGUUGAUAUUGUGCUAGCAAUGAGAUUACUCAGAAAACGGUUUCAAGGUCAGAUUUGGAUUUGUUUCAUGAUGUAGCUCAAUGCCACUUGACCUUUCAUCGUCUCCAAAUUGCAGACAUAUGUGUUUGCACCAACCCCCCCCCCCCCCAUUUUUUCCCCCCAACCAUUUGUACAGAAUAGAACAUGGUCAAUAUAAUAUUUAUUAUUUAAAUAUAUGUUAGCUGUUAAUAUCUCUCCUAAUAUGGUGCUUUGAUAAAUUAUAAUAUAUGUAUGAUUGUACACAACGUUGUUUUUUUAACAUGGGAAAAAGUAAGACAAUUCUGUACUUUUAAAAUUGAAGUUGAAAUCAAAUCAGUUAAAAAAAAUCCAUCCUAAUUUUUGGGAGUUACUUUGUCUUUUAUAUAAGAUAAGAAAUGCUGUUCUGCUGUAAGAAUGUAAAAAUGUAUAUUAAAUCGUUUUUGGAUUUAA